AUGAGUUUAAUUCAACUUCAAACUUAUAAUCCAUCAUCCAUCAUUAUUAGAAACAAACACAAAGAAUAUGGUGCAUUAAUAGAUAUUUUCAGAUUGGAGAAAGAGAUUUAUUUUUUACUUUUUGAUUGUAAUGAAAUUUUCGCUAAUCACCCCAUUAUUUUUAAUCAACUUCGUAAAAUUAUUAAUGAAAAUAGAUGUGGGCUAAAUUUAUUAUUUUCUAUUCAUACGUUACUUUUGCGUUUAUCACGUUUAUCAGGAUACCAUGAUGAAAAAAUUAGUAAAAUUAUUGCAAUAUUAAAAAUUAUAAUAGAAAAUACAAUUAAGUAUUGUGAUCCUGAUGAUGCUUUUAAUACUGCUACUUCUCUACCAACACAUUUCAUUAAUGAUAUUAAAGAUCAAAUAGCUCAAAUGGAUUUUUCAUUGCACAAAGAUGAAAUAGAAUGUCUGCGGCUCCUAAAAUUGAAUUAUGGUCUCUUUUAUAUUGAUAGAAACCUUAUUCCUUUCAGACCAAUUAUUGAAGGGGGGCAAUUGAAAGUAAAAAGAUAUAACGAUCAAUUUGUAUAUGAGUUAAUUCAAGAUGAGUUAAUUAAAGAUAAUUUAUUAAAUUCGUGGGACUUAUUUGAACAAAAAUUUUCAAUUUGUUGUGGUAGUGAUUUGUUGAAGUUGAAACAAAUCGGAGGUCGCCUAUCUCAUGUUGCAAUGUCAGACAUCAAACUUAUUAUUCCAAUUUUUAAAGUUUCUUAUUUUGGUGAAUUUUUUGUCAAGCAUUCUGAAGACAAAGACCAGUCUGAAUUUCUUACAAGAGAAGCACUAGUUGGAGGAUCUUUGAUCAUUAGAGACGUUAAAAAUUUAGACCUUGAUAAGCUGAAGGCACAAAUAGUAUGGGCCAUUAAAGAAGCUAGUUGUUCAGGCAGAAGUUUAUUCAAUUCAGCGAUCGUAAAAAACGUCGAAGAUUUAGAUGGCAACCCUAUACAUGAUAUGAAGGAUUUGAAUGAACAUACUGCUAUUAUUGCAUAUGAAAAAGUGAUCCCUGCUAAUCAAAUAGAGAACCCUUACAACUACUUUGAUAUUCGUUUAAUUCCAGGAAUCACAAAAUUUCAUAAAGAAAUCACCAUGAAAAGUUGGACACAUGAUAGUACAGAGCUAAAAGUUUCCAUUUUAUUAAAUUCCAAAGAUUAUAUUGAUUACAUUUGCGAAACUACUUUGAAAGAAACUCAAUCUCAAAUUCCAUUUUUAAAGCUAUCAAAAAGUAGAAUAUAUGAUUUAUAUCUACGUAAUACCUUUGUUAAUCAAUGCAAGAUUUUUCAUGAGAAAAUUGUAUGGGAAAAGCAAAUAAGCAAACCAUCCAAAAAUUUGAUAAAAGAUAUUAAUGAUGCUUUAGAUAACGCAAAACCUUAUGAAUCUUUGAUUAAGGUCUUUUCGGAAUAUGGUCAUUUGAUUCGUACAGAGGUCAGUUUUUCUAGGGACUUAUCGUAUGAUGAGGGACCAAAUCAAUGGUCGUUGUCAGACAAACAAAAAUUAAUUCCAUUAUAUGAUAUUCUUGAUGAUGAUAUUAAGAGUCGAAUUCAAGACUUAUCAACAGAUAAGAUUUUAAUGAAAGGGUUUACAAAAUUUAAUACCAAUAAAACUUACUGCUAUGAUGUUCAAUUUGAAGAGGAACUGAAGAGUGAUGAUUAUUUAGUUGCAGGAUCUGUUGUUGUGAAUGACGAAAAAUUAAAAAAUUUACGUGCAAAAUUUAAGUAUAUGAGCCGUUCUGGAUUUUCGAUAUUUUUGGAAGACGAUGAAGAUAGUGAAGAAAUCAAAACUGAUUUCGAUGUCGUUUGGCAAAUAAUCGGUAAACCGAAGAACGUUGGAUACUUUGGUAAAGAUAACAGAGAUAUCAAAGUACUUAGUGCACAAUCAAGACUUAUUAGAUUACCAAAAGAAAAAGCUACCUAUCCAAUUCCUCCAAUCUAUUUUAAAGAAGAAUUAACUCCAGGAACUAUCAUUGUAACUUUUAUCGAUUAUGCUCUCCAUGGUGGUUCAAUUCUUGAUGUGGUCGUAACAUCUUGGUCUGGGAAAAGAAUUGAUUUGGAAAUUAUUAAUCAUUUAGUCGUUGAUACUUCUGCCAAAACCAAAGCACACAAAGAACACGAAGAAAUAGAGAUGAGUGGUGAUGAUGAUGAAGAUAAGAAAGAUGAGAAUGAAGAUGAUGAAGAGGAUAUGGAUGAAAAAAAGGAUGAAGAUGAAAAAGAUGAGGAAAAAAAAGAGGAUAAAGAGGAUAAUAAAGAUUAUAAAGAGGAUAAAAAUGAGGAUAAAGAGGACAAAAAGGAGGUUCAAGAGGACGUUCAAAAGGAUAAAAAGAAGGAUCAAGAGAACAAAAAGGAGGUUCAAGAGGAUAAAAAAGAGGAUCAAGAGGACAAUAAAGAGGAGGAAGAGGAUAAAGAAGAGGAAGAAGAAUAUGAUGAAGAGAACGGAGAAAAUUUCCCAUAUGGGUUUGUUAGAUUUUUUGUAUUGGCAUAUGCAAUUAUUCCCAAUAAAGAAGAUAAAUUUACUGCAUAUAAUACGGAAGUAUUUAUCCGUGGUGAAGCUAGACAGUUUUCAUGGAAGCACGUUGGACAUGAACUAGGUGAAGAAACAGUUACUCACAUAACUGAGAAUAUUUUUGAAAAGCGGACAAGUUAUUUAGAGUAUUCAAAAUAUAUUAUGUAA